GAAAGAGUAACUGAAUUAUUCCCUGUCAUGCCCUUUUCAUUCAAGAACUAAUCUUAACCUUUUUGUGUUUUGUGUAUAUUGUUUGCGUCCCAAUAUCAUCUAAUUUUUAUGUAAAACAAACCAUGAAACAAUUAAUUUAAUCCUAUCUCGAUACCAUUUACUAAUUGUGUGUUAACCAUUAUUGUGACCAGUAAAUAGGAUCAUUGUUUGGGCUUGCUGGGUUCAAUUGUUUAACUUAACAAUCGCCAAUCCAUACCGUUAACAUCAAAUCAUCUCAACACCAAUAACCCUCAUCUUGUUUACCUUUUACCCUAACCCUACAAAUUUUACACUAAUUUUGCUCUUCCUUUAAAAUUACAAUUGUGUUUAUUUAUCAUCAUAUUUAGUUGAAAAUUAAAACUGUGAAAUCAAAAUUAAUUUUGAUAUUGAUUUGUUUUCCUCCCAAUGAUCAGUCUUUGCUGAUCAAGUUUACUUUCAAGCGGCUUCACUUGCUUUUCAAUUUUCCAAUCAAUCAUCUUUACCUUCAAUUCAACAAUUAAAGGACGAUAAAAGGUUUACUAUUUCAUUUGUUAAACAAAAUCAAUUUGAUGAUCUCAACAUGAAUUAAUGUUCAUACAGCAACAUUGUACAUUCACAGUAUUAUUGGUAACCUAUCAAUUGUUUCCUUGUUUUAAUACCCUAACAACUAAUGAUUUCAAGCAACAAUAACUUGAUCAUAAUUGGAAACGAGCCGGUAAACAUUUGAUUUAACAUUUGAAGUAACCUUUCCAAUUUUACUUUUCAACGCGCAAACCAAUUUUUGGCACAAAGUCGGGUUACAUUUGGAUCUUGGUGAGCCACUGAUUUUGUUCAAUCAUGGGAAUGAUAAUGAGCAUUUCCCGAGACCGUAAAAUGGUUGUUUAUGCUGAUGGUAACGGGACUGGACCAGUGGCUGGAUUUGAUUUGAACAACUACAACUUUGCCGAUCCCCAUUCAGGCAAGAUUAAACUGACCAAAGGACUGAUUGGUUCAGCAUCAGGUCCAACUGAAAACAACAAGACUAAACAUAAUCAUUCAAAUCAUCCAAAGAAACACUCUAUUUUCAUUUCAGCACUCAAUUUAGGUAAACAUUUAAGUGUAGCAACCAAAAAGAAAGCUGAAAAAGCAGCCAAACAUGAUAAAAAUGAGAAGGAAAAGGUGGACAAAAAGGGUUCAAAUAAAUUGUAUAAUAGCAACAAUAAUAACAAUCAACAGCAAUCAUCACUAACCAAUAACAACAAUAAUAGAGUUUAUUUGAACUCAAGUACCAAAGAUGCUAACCUGAAUAACAUUAAUGCCAACAACAAUAAAGACAGUUCAAUUGGUGGUCCAUUGGAGUGUGUUGAUAAUUUGAAUGCCGAUUCCUUGGUAAAUAAUGCUAGAAAUAAUCAAAUGUCAAAAUCAUUGUCUUGUUACAAUUUGAAGUCUGGAUUGAUCACAAAUAACAUUGAGAUUGUGAAAAAUUGUUCAAAAGACAUUGAAAAUCAAAGGCCAUUCAAGAAACGAAACCCAUUUUUAUCAUCAUCAACAACAUCAUCAUCAACCACAACAACAACAGCAACAACAACAUCACUGGGAGCUCCACUAAUUAACUCAUCAAACUUAAAUACAACAACCGUUUCUACUGGAUUAACCUCAUCCACAUCUUCAUGUUCAUCCAACAAUACAACUUCAAGCUCAUCAAGCUGUUCAGCCUCAUCGAUAAUAACCAAUAAAUUAGCUACAAUUAACAAUAACAAUAACCAUCGCAAUGACGUUAUCAUGUCUAACAUUUCCUUGGGUCGUUCAAUGGGUCCAGCUUUACCUCCCAAGCCAACAAUCUUACUGUCCAAAAACUCAAUACGACCCAGCUGUAACAGUUACAUACCCAAUCCAGCGAUAGGCCUAAGGAAUGGUAUCACAUUAACCAACAACAAUAUAAUCAACUCUAAUGCCAACAACAAUAUUAACCACAGUAAUCAUAAUAAUCAUGAAUCAAAUCGUAUUAGUCCAAGAAACCAUCUCAGGAAAACAGUGAUUCAAGCUUCAACUUCUGAAUUACUUCGAUGUCUUGGUGAUUUCCUAUCAAAAAGGUGUCCAAAGCUGAAAACAUUCCAAUCCGGAGAUGCAGUAAUGUGGCUACGAGCUGUUGAUCGAUCACUUCUUUUACAAGGAUGGCAGGAUAUUGCAUUUAUCAAUCCGGCCAAUGUUGUAUUCCUUUAUAUGUUACUCAAAGAAUUGAUCAAAGAAGAUAUAGACUCGGAGUGUGAGCUUCAGGCAACUGUAUUAACCUGCCUUUACCUUUCCUACGCAUACAUGGGAAAUGAAAUAUCCUACCCAUUGAAACCAUUUCUCAUGGAAACAGAUAAUAAGGAUAAAUUCUGGGAUCGUUGUCUACUUAUAAUCAAUAUGCUCAGUGGUAAAAUGCUUCGGAUAAACAGUGAACCAGGCUUUUUUACCGAAAUCUUUACGGAACUUAAAGGAUGCCAAUACUCAAAUGGACAUAUACUCAAUGGAUCUAAUACUUUAUUCAAUUAGAUAGUGGGAAAUCUCUUCAACCUUUUUAAUAAUGUGAAAUCAUACGUAAAAGAGGAAAAAUCAGCAAACAUCGAUCUAAGAUCUGGCAGUCCAGAACUGAACUCAAUGUAGAUAUCAGUGUUUAAAGAUCACUUUUCCCAAAAGCUUGCAAUCCCUUUCAUUUUCCUCAUACAAUCACUCUAAAUAAGCAUAAAAUGCAUUGCAUAUCCCAUUGCAAACACUCACUAAGCAAUUAUACUCAUUACCAUUUACCUACAUUCCAAAUACUCCAAUUUUAUUUAGGGCCACCAUUUUGUAAACUAUCAUUCCUCAACUUUUAUUUAACCUCUCAUCUUCCCGAUUAGCUUGCUUACUCACAUAUGUUUGCUGUCUUUAAUCUUUUACACUUGAAUACUGAUGAAAGUGAUAAAGAUGAAAUUAAACAAACAAUAAGGCCGAUCCGUGCAACAAUUAGAUAUAUUUAUCACUUUCUUAACCAGAAAUGAUUUCUUGUUUUUGGAUUGUAGUCAUUGACUGUGAAAGGUUCAAGUAAAAUGUGUUUUGUCUUGUUCAGAUUGAUUCAAUGAAGCUAGUCAGGCCAGUAUCUCAAGAAUAAUUUGUUUAUUUCUGUGCCAUUUUUGUGUAUUCAUGUACAUUUUAUAAAUCAGUCUACAAAACAUCAACAAGCACACAUUUAACUUAACUUUCAAUACCAUUUGAUUACAUUGUGAUUAAAUCGUCAUUCAACUUACUACAAAUUUUGUCCACCAAACAAAAAGCCAAAGAAUCAAGCCGUUAAAAGGAUUCGAAUCAUCAAAACAAGAAGCCAACAAUCAAUAGGAGUCUAUUAUUGAUGAUUUUUUUUCUGAGAUAAUUAAGUGAACCCUUUAAAACCAGACAAAACAAUUUGCUCAGUCAACAAAGAAUACAAUUAUAUUAUUAUCUACUGAUAGACUUAAAAAGCCAAAGAAAUGAAAUCUCAAGAAAGGAAAAUUAAAAUUGUAAAAUGACAGAGUUAAGUUUGUUUCAUUAUUAUCAUGAUAAUUUAAUAGUCUCCAUAAUCAGCAAUUUGAACCGUUGAUUAUCAUGACAAUUAUUGAUUAAUCGAAACAUAAUAAUCAAAAUUGUAAAAAAUUAAGUGUAAUUUACGUUUGAAGGCAAAGGAUUUUAAAGAUGAUGGUAUACAAUGGAUGGUGUAUUAGCUAACUGCGUAAAGGGUUACUAAUGAAAAAUCCCAAACUGAAUCUCUUGUGAAUAAUGUAAAUUGAAUUGUUCAAAUCAUUGAUUUGGGAUCUGAUAAAUUGUAAAGGGAUAAAAGACAAUUUGUCAAAUUGAAACAAUCAACAAUGAAAAUGAAGACAAUACAAGAGUAAAUCAACAAAUCAUCAGAAUCAACCAAAAAGUGAUUUGUACAAUAAUGUCAAAAAAGUCGAUUGUUGUCGAUUUAAAUCAAUUUCAGUUUCUUUUGUUUCCUCACCAAUCAACAAUUAACUAAAUCAUUAUUGUAAACAAACCUCAUCUAAAACCAAGAAGACAACCAACUAAUCGUCUUAUGUAAACCCAACCCUCUCUAGUCCUGUAAAUUGACAAUUUAAGUUAGUAAAUAUAACUUCAAUUGAUUCAGUUUCAUCUCCACUAUUCCCUCCUUCAAUUUGCUGUUACCAUAUGACGAUUACUCCCAACAAAUGAAAACAAACAAUAAUGUUUAAAUCAAUUUUAGACUCAAUUUGAUUGUCACUCCUAACUAAAUAAACUACACUGGUUGUACUUACACUAGAAAAA